AUAUGACGUGACCCUUUGCUUUUUCAAAUAUUUAGAUACAAAUCUAAUUGUCAUUCAUUGAAGAUGACUGCAGUGGAAAUGGGAAGACGAGUUUGGAAUGUUCCUGCGCGGACAUUCUUGCAAGGAUAUACAGUACUCAUUUUACCCACUCCCAAGAAUGAUGAUAGGCUGAGUUCCUGAUAAGAAGUGUAUACGGACCAGAUUAAGGCACAGGCAUGUUCACGUCAUAACAAGUUAACAGAAAUGCUUGCAUAAAAAAUAAAUUCCUGGAUUGAGAGUUGGGGAUGUGGACCUGUUUACGCGUUUGGCUGCCUAUUUCCAGAAAUAAUUAAUCUUGCUCGCGUAUCAAGUUUGACACGUGGUCUAAUAGGUUAUAUAUAAUGGGCGGUGACACUGAAUCUCGCAUCUCACAGCAACUAAGGAAUCAUGUGAACAUAUCUUAGUUGAAAUCGUCAUAGGCAGGUGUCUUACUGCUGCAGUAAUCUCGUUCCUCACCAGAGCUGUCUUUGUUUUUGUUUUGCGUGUCUAAUAAUUGUGUAUAGAUAGAUGGGCAUGCAGAGUAUUAUGUAAGGACACUGACGCUUGCUCGUCAUAUUCUGGAUGCAGGUUUAUGGUAAAAUCUGACCGCUGAAAUUAGAAAUUGCCAAGAGCAUGGCAACUUUCCGUCUAUUAUUCAUUUUCGACACUUUGUACGCUCUGCUAUGCUUCCCAUCUCUAUCAAAUGAACUGCCUUUCCCUAAAGCAGACGCGGCCGACACGGCCACAGUUCCGAGCUGGACCCCACGCGGGCCGAUUACCGGGGACGAGGGGCAGACGAGCAAGGGCAGUGGGCAGAGCGGGCCCAUCGCCAUCGCCGUGGUGACGCUGGUGCUGUUGCUGCUGCUCGCCCUGUCGUGCGCCAUCAAGAUUGCGGGAGGUGUGGGCAAGGACCAGAGGCUCCUGCAGCAGCAGGUGGAGGGCAUGCCCCAUCAGGGGCCACAUGGGUUUGGACGAUCCUCUCCUGACUUCGCGUCGAUUCACUGCGAACCGAUUCCUCCGUCUCCACUGCUCAACCCUCCGCCACCACCGUACCAAGUGGAAUCAGGCAUGCAGAGAGCCCAGAGAGAAAUGGGUUGGGGGAGAGAGGUGACAUGGAGAAGAGAGCAGGGAAGGCACAUCUCAAUCGAAGACAUCUCCCAAAGGAGCAGCCUUCAGCGCAUGAGCAUCUUCACCAUCAGCGACCAGCUGGAACUGCCCACGCUGCCGUUCUCCACAGCGCACGUCUCUCCGACAACACCAGCCACGCCAAAGCUUCCUCCUCCGUACUCCGUGCAGGACCCAUGCAGCCUACCUGUGUGCAAUUAGCGUCUGUGGUUGUGUGGGAGGCCACAGUAAACAUUGCAAAACAACACCAAUUGAGGGAACGGCUGAUCCACACGUAGCAGCGGUGGGACGAUGGGAGUCAGGCGAUAGAUACUACGAAAAGCACCCCUGUGGGUCACGAUAUGGCCCACGGCAGACCAAACGGAGGCUGCUGUAGAGAGAAAUGUGUGAACAUUGAUUUCAGGGGUGAGAUCAACUUGUUGCACAGUGUUUGUAUCUUGGUUGCUCUGAACAACACAGCCCAACCAAAUUAAGAGGUGCGCAAGGCAGAAUUGGCAAGACGUGUCGACGUCAUGAUUGCUGUAAGAUAAUAUAUUAAAUAUAAUGGUAUUUGGUCGUAAAUAUUUUAAGUAAACAUUCAGAACGAGUCUGUUUUGUGUUGGGAUCUACAAAUAUGAAUCGGAAGAAAUUGAAUGAAGGUAGAAUUCACAGUGAGUAAACCUAGAAUACAGUGUGAAGGGUCUCAUAUGAAGUUAGUGAACUUUAUUCAGCUCAAUGAAGUGUAUUAAAGGAAUAAUUUGAAUGUCAGUCAAUAAUUAUGGUUACACUUAUGCCUUCAUUGAAUAGGUACAGUACUAUAUACACAUUUACAUCAAUUAUAUAUUGCAAAGUUUGUAUGGGUAUGUGUAUAUAUUAGAGGGGAGAGUGCUUGUACAGUGGUUAGCACGUUGUGCUUUGAAACCAGUCAUCCGAGUUCAAUUCCUGAUCAUGGUCAACAUGAGUGGCAAGUGAUAUCUGAACCUGUCCUGAUCACCAAACCACACUGACAAGCCCGGUUAAGUGUGGUAAAUCAAUUUCUAUGACUGACAUGGCAUGGCCUUCAGCCAGUAGUAGAUUGACAAAUGGCUGUUUAUUAUUAUUAUUAUGUCAUGGCAAUUUGUAUCCUAAACCAUGUUGGGCUAUCCUUUCGGUCAACUUUGGUGUAAAUUAUAUACGUAGUGCAGUGUGACAACAUCAGCACUGGGGAGACAAAGGUGGCUAGGCUUGCAUGGUUCUAGCCACACCACCCUCAUAUAUGGUAUCAGUAUUAAUACUCCACUUCCUUCUGAAUAGUUUUUCCCCAAGGAUAUAUGAACUGAAGAUCUCUGUGCGUAUUUAUAAAAAUAUUACUUGAAAAGUCAAAUAAAAUAUUUUCGACUUUGCCAUAAUCCACACAUCUGCAUAUGCUGGCAUGUCUUAACAACCUACACAUUUCCCAAUGCGAAUCUGUUGAAAGAAUCCACCGUGUGUUGUUGAGUCGUUGCUUUUUUAUGUCAAGUUUCGUCCGUCGAGACGACAAAAGCAUUAUUCCUGUCUGGACUACGACACAAGUCGUGAAUACAGCUAUCACUAAAUGGCUCGCCUAUGUGCUCAUUACACCUCCACGUGCGCCACUUAACAGCGGGUGACGCAAACUUUAUUUUUAACUCGCCUACACAGGGAUAAAUAGCCUGGCAUAUAAGCGUCAGCGUUGUGAUUCAUCGCUGAAAAUGUACUUCUGCGAUUCAAUUACACCUUUGA